GCACAGACAACCAGUCUUCGGCAAUCGGCACGAAGACAUCAACAUGAAGUUCACGGUUGUGUUAGUAGCCUCAUUGGCCGUGGUGGCCUUUGCCAGCGAGGAGAAAGGCACACAGAAGGCGGCAGCCGAAGAGAAGAAACAAGAUAAACGAGGAAUUUACGACACCGGAUCCUACGGUGGUAGCUACGAAUUGGGCAAUGGCGGUCACGGUUACGGCGGCGGUGACGGUGGUCACAGUUUUGGAGGUGACGGUGGUCACAGCUUUGGCGGAGACUUCGGUGGCCACCAGCUGAGCUUUGGUCAAGGUGGUCAUGGAGGCCAGAGCUCUGGACAAAGCUAUGAAAGCUACGGUAAUGGUGGUUCCGAAUUCGGUGGAUACUCUGGCGACUCUUGGAAGCCCAUUUCUAACGAUCAUGGUCAUCACCACGUCAAAACCAUCGAAGUGAUCAAGAAAGUCCCCGUCCCAUACACCGUUGAGAAGCAUGUUCCCUACACUGUCGAGAAGAAAGUUCCCUAUGAAGUGAAAGUGCCUUAUCCUCAGCCCUACACCGUUGAAAAGAAGGUCCCAGUCACUGUCAAGGAAUACGUGAAAUACCCAGUUCAUGUUCCCGAGCCCUAUGUUGUAGAGAAGAAAGUGCCUUAUGAAGUUAAGGUUCAUGUCGACAAGCCUUACGAAGUUAAGAUCAAGGUACCCACUCCUUACACCGUAGAAAAGAAAGUGCCUUAUGAAGUCAAGGUUCCCGUACCUCAACCCUACACUGUUGAAAAGAAGGUGCCUUACCCAGUCAAAUAUGAAGUGAAAGUACCCCAGCCCUACGAAGUUGUCAAGAAGGUGCCUUAUGAAGUCAAAGUACCAGUCGACAAGCCUUACCACGUAUACGUGCCCAAGCCCUACCCCGUGACAGUCGAAAAGCCUUACCCAGUGACAGUACACAAGCCAGUACCUUACGAAGUCAAGGUCCCAGUUGACAAGCCCUACAAGGUCGAAGUUGAGAAACCUUACCCAGUCCCAGUGAAAGUGCCAAUCCCCAAGCCUUAUGACGUGUACAAAAAGAUCCCAUACACUGUCGAGAAGAAGGUGCCUUAUGAAGUAAAAGUACCCAUUGACAAGCCUUACCCCGUCUACAAAGAAGUCCAAGUACCAUUAGUCAAAGAGGUUCCAUACCCCGUAAAGGUUCACGUUCCCAUUUACCUCAAGAAAGAGGAGGAGCAUCACCAUGGUUGGCACUAAUUUACAAACCUAGCGUAUAGGUUUCACACCAGUACCUUAUAGGCUAAGUUCGAAUUGUGAUCAUUUAGUAUUCGUAGUGUAACUAUAAAAUUUUAAAUUGUGCUGGCUUAGUAACACUGAGCUGGUAACAACGAGAUUGUUUGUGAUGUGAUUGAAAUUGUUUUGCCUGCUAUUUCCAUGUUUUCAAAUUGCUGUCGCAUAGCAUUGCUCUUGAGUGUGCGAUGCUCUAACAAUGAGUAUACGAUAUCUAAUGAUUCAUCUGUUGUUACUUGUUUUUCUUUUCGUAUAAUGUGCUUGUUAUAUAUAUUUGUGAAAGAUUGCCUUUUGCAAGAAACUUAUGUUGAGGCUGA